CAUGAUAUCCUCUCCUUUUAUUUUAUUAUUAUUAAUAUUUUGUUUUGUGUAAAGACAAAACCGUGGAUCUAUCUCAUCCCACCAUCUCUCUCUUUAACUUUCUCUCUCUAAAAACAUAAAACAUGAACACAAAAUAAUACUCAAAGGGCUGCAACAAACAAAGCUUUCUCUCUCUACCUCUUAACCUCCAAUGGACACAAAAUAAAAAUUCAAUUUUUAGGGUUUUUUUUUUUCUUAUCUUUCUUUCUAUUUUUAUUUUUUAAACAAAUUUUCUCUCUAAACUUUCUUUCUAAGCAAACAACAUGCAAUAUCAACCUUCAGAUCUGUCUUGUACCCACUUCUCUUCUCCAUCAUAUUAAUCUCAAAGUUUUCAUCUUUUUUCUUCUCUCUCUCUCUACAGUUCGAUCUGGGCAAUACCCACUUCGUUGGUUUAAUCACUUUCUCUCUCUAGAAAUGUCUUCCAUGCGUCCAGAUCUGACUUGUAGAGUAUACCCAGAACCAGAUUCCAUGGAAAUCGACCACUUAGAUCGUUUACCUGACUCUGUUCUUCUUCUAGUCUUCAACAAGAUCGGAGAUGUUAAAGCUUUAGGUCGGUGCUGUGUUGUUUCACGUCGUUUUCAUAACCUUGUUCCUCAGGUUGAAAACGUCGUCGUUCGUGUUGAUUGCGUUAUCUCCGAUGAUGAUUCAUCUUCCUCUGCUUCCUCUUCGGAUAAGUCUCGUGGUCCUUUCUCUAAUCUCUUCAGAUUCGUUUUUAGCGGCAUUGUUAAGCCUCUUCAAGCUCUUAGUCAGUUUCUCGGACCCAAAAGAGCUUCUUCUUCUUCCUCUUCUUCUUCUUCUUCUUCCUCGUCUUCGUCUUCCGGUUCGGGUUCGGGUUUCGGCUCGCUCGCCGUCGGAACAGAAGACGAUGGUGGUGAGAUUGAUCAAGCAGGGGUCACACACCAUUCUCCGACUCAGGUUUUGAAGAAUUUUAACGAGAUUAAGUUUCUGAGAAUCGAGCUUCCCAGUGGUGAAUUGGGUAUAGACGACGGCGUUUUGUUGAAAUGGAGAGCUGAUUUCGGUUCAACUCUCGAUAAUUGCGUGAUUCUCGGUGCUUCUUCGGUGAUUUCUCCUGGAUCGAUGAAACCCUCGAUUGGUGGUGGUGGUAAUAAUGGUGGUCAGGAAAAUGGGGGAACUGAUGGGGUUUGUGGUGAAGAUAAUGGAAGCAUUCCAGAUUCGUUUUACACAAAUGGGGGUUUAAAAUUGAGAGUGGUUUGGACAAUUAGCUCCUUAAUUGCAGCUUCAGCGAGGCAUUACUUACUCCAACCAAUAAUCUCAGAGCACAAAACGUUGGAUAAUUUGGUCCUUACAGAUGCAGAUGGUCAAGGAGUAUUGUGCAUGAACAGAGAUCAGCUCGAGGAGUUGAGGGUUAAGCCAUUAUCGGCUUCUUCAGCUUCUAAGAGAACCCUUGUACCAGCUCUCAACAUGAGACUUUGGUAUGCUCCUCAUUUGGAAUUACCGGACGGUGUCGUUUUGAAAGGCGCCACCUUGGUUGCUAUUAGGCCUAGCGAGCAAUCGGCGGCGAAGAAGGAAGUUUCUGAUGGGUCUUGGGUUUCAACGGCGUUUGAGGAGCCUUUUGGAACGGCGGCUAAGAUGCUUGUCAAGAGGCGGACUUACUGCCUUGAGAUGAACUCCUUCUGAUCACAUUAAUGGCGAUCUAAGGUAAAGCAAAAAAAUGGAAUGAAGGGAGGGAAGGAAGGAAGGAAGGAGAAGAAGAGUAAUAUGUGUAUUUCUGAAACGGGAGAACCACAGAACAAUUUUGUCAUUGUACCACUUUGAAGAUAAAAUCUUGGUUGGAAAAGCAGGAAAGAAAAUAAAUCAAAAAAAAAAACAAAACAAUGAGAGCUUGAACUAAAAGAGUUGGAAGAAGAAAAAGGAAAAAAUGCAUCUGCUGGUUGUUUUUUUAUUUCAGGCAUAUGCUCUUAGAAGAAAAGAGUACUUCACACACUCAUAUAUGCAUGCACUCAGCUUAAUAGGUUUGAUAAUAUAAUUUAUAUUAUUAGAGCUUGAAGAAGUUUGUACUUGUAGUCACCUACUUCUGUAUCUUAUAUAUCAUCAUCAUCAUCUUCAUCUCUCUGUAUUGUGAAUAUUGUAGGCAUGACUAUGCUACUUUGCUUAUGUGAUAUAUAUAUAAUUAUAAUAAUAAUAAUAAUAUAAAUUCCCAGGUUUUAAA